UCCGUCUGGUAUAUACAUCUGAAACGUCAUCUAUAGUGUCACUUAUAAGCGAAAUUCAUUGCGCUGCUUCAGACUGGCGACAGGACGACGAGUGUAUAACGCGUAAGGAAUCGCUUCGCAAAUUGGCUCGAAAUGGUGCGAACUAUGGUUAUCGCUUUGGCAGUCGUGACUUUCGUUGCAGGCAUCCAAGUCCCUGAUGGAAUCGGCCAAAGCUCUGAACCAAAGUAUAACCUAACUCAAGAGUCUAAUUCUACAGGAGAACCGCAAGAAACAAGCUCAGGAGCCGAAGUCUCUCGUGAUAGCGUCGAACCCACUGAAACACCGUCUACAGCAACUCAAAAGUCAUCUACUACAGGAGGACAGCAUCAAAGAAGCUCAGGCGUCCAUGACUCUGUUGAAAGCGCCGAAACCUUCUCCCAGCCACCGUCUCCAUCAAGUCAAGCAUCUCGUAGUCCGGGAGGACAGCCAGAAGGUAAUUCAGGUCCAGACUCUACUGAAUCUCCAAUCAAAGACUCAAAUCCGGACUGCAACGUGACUGAUGAAAGAAGCCACAUGUACCUUUCAUGCACUUAUGUCUGUCAAGGUGACGAAGUAAUUGUUGCACCUGACAACUCAAGUUGCUACAUGCCCACAGCCAACAAUACGUUAGCACCUAUAUACAUCACUGAAGUACCUAACGGAAUCAAAGGACGCUGCGAAAAUGGGGAUUGUGUUGGCACCGACACCGAACAGUCUAUCGCAAUAGACUGAUCGAUAAAAUUAAUUAUCCUACUUCUAUUGUGAAAUAAAGUAGACCCUCAGUGCUUCA